CGUGUUCGUAUCAGCGCGGGGGCUGCGACAUCCGCUUCGUUUCCGAGAAAGUGUUCGCUGGCCAGGAUGGGGACCGGCCAGUCGCUUUCCUGGCUUCCAUCUUCGCUCUCCUCCUCCUCUUCGCUCCUCCCGCACGAUGGCCAACGAUCAGAAGCUGCGCUGGUUCCCCUGGGGCAUCCUGCUGGUGCUGCUUCCGGCGGCGACGAUGGGCGCCGAGGACCCCGCGCCCUGCACCCAGAUGCGGGGCGAGUGCCGUCUGAAGACUCAGCUGCAACGUUUAGGCGACGACUUCUUCACGCAUCUCAAUGUAUCCUGCUACUGCAAGCACGGGGAGGAUAUAUCCGAGGACCUGCAGGCUCUGCUUUCGGUCAAAUGUUCCUGGUUGCCGUCGAGACCUCACAUGAAGGUCAACAGCUCGACAAUCCAUGUUGUUGGGUGCAGCGUUCAGUCAGAAAUGUUUCCUCUGGGGAUCCUGCAACUGGCGCGUCGGACUGACAACUUAGAGAUCCUAGUAAAGGAUUCCCCUAAACUACGACUGGCUCCUGUGUCGAAAGCUGAAAACACUGUGCCCAGGAUUUCUGCCAGUUUCAUUAACAGCAACCUGAGCGGUCUACCCGAGGGAUGGGUGACAGGCGGGAAGGAGGUCGAGCUCGUCUUCAAGGAUUCCGAAGUGUCAAUCAUCGAGUCCCGAGCUAUGGCUGGGUAUGCGGAAGAUGCCCAAGUCCAGGUCACGUUCGACAACACCAACAUUUUAACCGUUCAGAUGGUGGCCUUUGAACUCCCCAAGAACAGCUUCAUGAGGCUGGAAAACUGCCAAAUCGUGAAUUGGAAACGCUCAGGAUACACCGGAGGCUCUGAGCUGCGCCUGGAAAGAGUUCGUCUUGGAAUAGUCCUCACCAAUGCCAUCGACAUCGGCAGCCUCAGUGUCUUUACCAUGUCCGACUGCAACGUGGCGGCUAUAUAUGAUGGGGCUCUGGCCUACCAAAGCGCUUUGAAAAGGGGAGAAAAUAACAAGAAAGCCGUAAUCACCAAUAACAAAUUCAUCGAGGCGAGUGGAGGAGCUCUAUCGCGUCUCUGCAACUUCGAUACACUGGACUUCCACAACAACACCUUUGUCAAUAUUACGAAUCCUCCUCUUCGGCUUCACAGUCCUGGUUGCCAUGCUGACAGACAGUGGGACAAGGUCGUCAGCAGGACAGGACUCAGCUGCAUGAGGUGCGAAGACUUUGUCGAACCGGAUACUCAGAGUUGUGCCAUCUACAAAAGCUCCCACUGCAUAUCAUGCACGGAACACCUGGACGACUGUAACAUCGAUGUCCUGCCCUACCUGGUGCUGAACAAGUGUCCCAGUUCGCAUCCCGCGUUGGUCGAGUCCCUGCAGAAAGCUUGCGACUUCCGAGCUGAAGUGACCGCCCCCCAGGCCAGGUCUCUGGACGCGGGCGUGGCCACCGCUGCACCGACGGCCCUGGCGAUCGUGGCUGGGCUGGUCCUGUCUGUGCUGCUUGAAGGAAAGGACAGCGGUUAGGAGGAAAGGCUACAACGGUUAAGGAAGGAAAGGCUACAGCGGUUAAGGGACUGACUGCGGGUCGACCAAAGGCACGACUGAUUCGGAAGGAGCGAGAGGAAUAUGUUAGUAAUGGCGCACUUUUGACUCUGCAGUUAAGUCUAUUUCUACGAAUGACACAGAAAAGCAUAGUGUAAUCCCUCUGUGAGAAAGGAAACACGUGAAGGUACUUUCACGACACGGGAGCAAUUCGUGUAGAUUAAAUGCACACGAAUAUACACUUCCCGAAUGAUUUCAAAGAGCAAGUGAUACCCAUCGUACGAGGUGGAAAGUGCCUGACAACCGAUACCCUAAACCAAUGUAAGGCGGGCAGUGUGGUCCCGAUUUCCAGCCCGAGCACGUCGGCGUAACGGAAAUAACCGCCUGCACGCGUCGAAGGCCAGAGGGCGCUUGGACGGCUCGGAAAACCUGCGUCGACGUUCAAACAGACUUUUGGUUCUUUUGUCCUUUGCUCAAAAUAGGAUAAGGACCACUCAUUAUACAGGCCUAUAUUCAUACGUACAUAAACACAUAUACACGCUUAUAUAUACAUAUAUACAAAUACACAUACAAAUAUAAAAAAUGUAUAUAUUGUAUAAACAAGUUACAAAAAUAUGCAUUGUGUAAUUCAUAGUCGAUAAGC